GCCCCAAUAAACACACAAUUAUAAGUUUAGUACACUUCAUUCAUUUUAAAUCCCCAAUUUCAAAAAAUAAGGCAAAUUAGGGUUUUGAGUUUCUUCGUCGCUUGAGAGGAACUAGGAGAUUUGCGGUUUAGGUGAUAUUGGAGUAAAUGGAGGGCUCACCGAGCAUGGGGAAGAGAAAAGUAUCGGAAGAAAAUUUAGGAGAUGUAGCGAAGAAGGAGGAACCUGUACUGAAGAAGGCUAAUGUGACAAGAACAUGUGUGCAUGAAGUUGCUGUUCCUAGUGGGUAUACAGCGGUUAAAGAUGAGUCGGUUCAUGGUACUCUUUCGGACCCUGUUUUUACGGGGACAAUGGCGAAAACCUACCAGUUUACUCUUGAUCCGUUUCAGAGUGUGUCGGUGGCUUGUUUGGAAAGGAAUGAGUCUGUUUUGGUGUCGGCACAUACUUCGGCUGGUAAAACUGCUGUUGCAGAGUAUGCAAUUGCGAUGUCUUUUAGAGAUAAGCAGAGGGUGAUAUACACUUCUCCGUUGAAAGCUUUGAGUAAUCAGAAGUAUAGAGAGUUAAGCCAAGAGUUUACUGAUGUUGGAUUGAUGACGGGUGAUGUCACACUGUCACCAAAUGCAAGUUGUUUAGUGAUGACAACAGAGAUUCUUCGGGGAAUGCUUUACCGGGGUUCUGAGGUUUUGAAAGAAGUUGCCUGGGUUAUAUUCGACGAAAUACAUUAUAUGAAGGACCGGGAAAGAGGUGUGGUUUGGGAAGAGAGUAUUAUAUUCCUGCCACCUGCUAUUAAGAUGGUCUUUCUUUCGGCAACGAUGUCAAAUGCCACAGAGUUUGCCGAGUGGAUAUGUAAUAUACAUAAGCAACCAUGCCAUGUGGUUUACACAGAUUUUCGGCCAACUCCUCUGCAGCAUUAUGUGUUCCCUGUUGGUGGAUCAGGCUUAUAUCUUGUUGUUGACGAGAAUGAAUCGUUUAGAGAAGAUAAUUUUGUCAAAUUGCAGGAUACUUUCGCAAAACCAAAGCAGAUUGAUGGGAACAAAAGUGGUGGUAAAGCGAAUGGUAGAAUUGCUAAAGGGGGAAACGGUUCCGGUGGUUCUGAUAUAUAUAAAAUUGUAAAGAUGAUUAUGGAACGGAAAUUCCAGCCUGUCAUAAUUUUCAGCUUUAGUAGAAGAGAAUGUGAGCAACAUGCAAUGUCAAUGUCCAAGCUUGAUUUUAAUAGUCAGGAGGAGAAAGAUAUUGUGGAACAGGUUUUUCGGAAUGCAAUACUGUGCUUGAAUGAAGAAGACAGAAACUUACCUGCAAUUGAACUAAUGUUACCACUACUCCAGCGAGGCAUUGCUGUUCAUCACUCUGGUCUUCUUCCAAUCAUUAAGGAAUUGGUUGAACUUCUUUUCCAAGAAGGCUUAGUAAAGGCACUCUUUGCCACAGAGACGUUUGCUAUGGGAUUGAACAUGCCUGCCAAAACUGUAGUUUUUACCAGUGUAAAGAAAUGGGAUGGUGAUAGUCACCGCUACAUUGGCUCUGGUGAGUAUAUUCAGAUGAGUGGUAGAGCUGGGCGUCGUGGCAAAGAUGACCGCGGUAUCUGUAUCAUAAUGGUUGAUGAGCAGAUGGAGAUGAACACCCUGAAGGACAUGGUACUGGGUAAACCAGCUCCACUAGUUAGCACAUUCAGGCUGAGCUACUAUUCAAUUUUGAAUUUGAUGAGCCGUGCCUCUGGCCAGUUUACUGCUGAGCAUGUCAUCAAGAACUCAUUUCAUCAAUUUCAAUAUGAAAAGGCCUUGCCUGACAUAGGGAAUAAGGUUACAGAACUAGAGAAAGAAGCAGCACUGCUAGAUGCAUCUGGAGAGGCCCAAGUUGCUGAAUAUCAUAAUUUAAAGCUCGAGAUAGGUCACCUUGAGAAGAAAAUGAUGGCAGAGAUAACAAGGCCCGAAAGGGUUCUCUAUUAUCUUUUACCUGGAAGGCUGGUCAAGGUACGGGAAGGUGGGACAGACUGGGGUUGGGGUGUUGUAGUUAAUGUGGUAAAGUCUCCUUCAGCAGCACCAGGAACUUUACCCUCUGCAUUAUCUUCUUCCCGGGGUUGCAACUAUAUAGUGGAUACUUUACUCCAUUGUUCUAUUGGUUCAAAUGAAAAUGGUGCUCGCCCAAAACCAUGUCUUCCUCGUCCUGGAGAGAAAGGCGAAAUGCAUGUGGUUCCUGUCCAGUUACCUCUUAUAUCGACGUUGAGCAAAAUCAGAAUUUCAGUUCCUUCGGAUCUUCGUCCAGUAGAAGUAAGGCAAAGUAUACUGCUUGCUGUACAGGAGCUUGGAAAACGUUUUCCUCAAGGUCUCCCUAAGCUUAAUCCUGUAAAGGACAUGGGUAUUGAAGAACCUGAAUUGGUUGAGUUGGUAAACCAGAUUGAAACGAUUGAGAAGCAAAUGAUGUCUCAUCCACUAUUUAAGUCACAAGAUGAAAAUCAGAUAAAAUGUUUCCAGAGGAAAGCGGAGGUGAAUCAUGAAAUUCAACAGCUAAAAACAAAAAUGCGUGAUUCCCAGCUUCAAAAAUUCCGUAAUGAACUGAAGAACAGGUCACGUGUUUUAAAAAAGCUGGGUCACAUUGAUGCUGAUGGUGUUGUCCAGUUAAAGGGCCGGGCAGCUUGCUUGAUUGACACAGGAGAUGAACUUCUUGUUACUGAACUAAUGUUUAACGGCACAUUCAACAAUCUUGAUCAUCAUCAGAUUGCGGCUCUGGCAAGUUGCUUCAUUCCAGGAGACCGAUCAAAUGAACAGAUACAAUUAAGAGCAGAACUUAAUAAGCCCCUGCAACAGCUCCAAGAUAGUGCGAGAAGAAUAGCGGAGAUACAACAUGAAUGCAAAUUAGAAGUAGUCGUGGAUGAGUACGUGGAAGCAGCUGUUAGACCAUUCUUGAUGGAUGUCAUAUAUUGUUGGUCGAAAGGUGCAACAUUUGCUGAAGUUAUACAAAUGACGGACAUUUUUGAGGGAAGUAUUAUACGGCUUGCUAGAAGGCUUGAUGAGUUUCUAAACCAGUUGCGUGCUGCUGCCCAUGCUGUUGGAGAGGGUGAUUUGGAGAGCAAAUUUGCAGCAGCAAGUGAAAGCCUUCGCCGUGGAAUAAUGUUUGCAAACUCGCUCUAUCUUUGAGUAUCCCCUCCCCUUUCUAUGGCAUCUUCUUUUUGUAUAACCUCUUUUAGUUUCAGUUCCGUCGACUAAAGCUCUUUUAGAAUGUAAGGAAGCUGUGAUAUAGUCCAGUUUUUCUUUUCAGAUGAUUUCAUCUGUUAUAAAGAUUAAGGUUUAGAACUGUAAUUAUGUCCAUUGUGCUUACAUAGAGAGCCUGAAUGACUUAUGCUUUAAGCUUGUGAAAGAUUAUAGAAGAAAUGAUAUGACGCACUGUGCUAAUUCUGUUGUUUUUGUUCUUUCAGAAUACAUUUUUAGUUUCCUA